AUGAUUAUUGUGUAUAUAGACAUCAUUCUAUUAGUUAUUUUGUUGCUACUUAUAGUAUUCACAUGUUGUUAUUAUGGGUACCGAGUCCACAGAUUGCGGCAAACUGGCCAAAUUGCUCUAAUAUUGAAGCCUACAAAAGUUCUCUUCACACACAAGAAGGAAGGUGAAGCUGAUCAACUCAGAACUGUCGUCGCCUACCAGAACCCCCUAACUGGAGACUACUGCGUCCACAAGACGAGGUCUCCGAAGGGAUACGUCAACAAUUUAGAGCCUGUACCAGACUCGCCAGAUAGCGGGGUCUCUGAUGAAUAUGAACCUCUUAAUUUGGUACCGACUGUAGAGAUCAACUCACCAGGAAUACAUCAGAUUCCUGAUCGAGUGAAAACUCCAAUAUCGCCAGUAUAUGACAACAGUGUCAUUAAAACCUGGAAAUGGGAGUACACAGAGUAUCAGAUUUGA